CCCCUCUUCCUUUCCUCCCUACCCCUCCUGGGCCCUCCUCCUUCCUCAGAGGAAACUUUCCGUCCGCUCCGUUGGCGGCCGGGCCGCGGCUCCAGCGCCCCCAGGACUGCCUAACCCACCGCCGGACGGGGCGGACAGAACUUCCUCUGUUCCUUUCCCGCCAUGGAGGCGCUGGGCAGGUCUGGGGGCGCUCCCUGAGCUGAAGCUGUGGCUGGAGCUGCUGAGCUGCGCCGACCUAUUCAAGGGCCUUCCACCCUCUACCCUCCUCCGAAGAAACAUGGAGGCCCGGAAACGGGACAUGGAACUGCUCAGUAAUAGCCUGGCAGCCUACGCAUACGUCCGAGAUCAUCCUGAGAGUUUCGGCCUCUACUUUGUUCUGGGCAUAUGCUUUGGGCUCUUGCUGACCCUUUGCUUGCUGGUCAUUCGGAUCUCCUGCCGACCCCACCCUAGGCCUUCUGGAAAAGGUCCCCAAAAAAUCUCCCGAGGAGACCUCCCUGAUGGGGAUGAGGACGAGGACGAGGAUGAGACGGACACCAUGACGCGGCUGGGCCCUGAUGAUGCUGGGUCAGGCCCAGAACUGACCCCGGAGAUGGACAGUCCCCUCAGUGUCAAUGUCUUCACCUCAGCGGAGGAGCUAGAACGAGCCCAGCGGCUGGAAGAGCGGGAACGGAUCCUUCGGGAAAUCUGGCGUACUGGGCAGCCCGACCUCCUCGGCACUGGCACUGGCACCGUGGGCAGGGUUCAUUAUUACUGACAGGCCUCCCCACCUGCAAGGGACUCUGGGGACUGACUUGCAAAUGAGCCACCUUUCCCUUAGAGGCUAGGGGAGGACUCCCUCCUGCUCCUCCCUCAGGCCUCUAGACUGGAUCGAUUCUCUUCCAUGGUGCUAAGGCUGGACUCCCUCUUGGGGAAUGAGGCCCUCAAUUCCCUUAAUGGAUCCCAAGGAGUAGGGAUAGGAGGAAGAGGAGUCUCUCUGCCCUGGGAGCUUUAAGGAGGUGACCAGUGAAAACUGCCUCAUCAGCUCUUCACCUCUGUCCUCUUCAUGCGUGGCCCUCUGCAGAAUAAACUUUCAGGGCUGAUCUUCAGGUUUCUGGGGAGCACACUGGGGUCAGUUCCUAAACUGUUUUCCUUCUCUCUUACUUGGGGAGAGUAGGAACUGAAGUAGCUCCCCAGAGAAGGGGACCCCUAGGCUUCCCUUGGGCUCAUGCGGGAGCCUGGACUGAAAGCUGAAAGAGGAUAUGCCCCCAGUAGUUCCCAAGCACUGAGAAAGCCGCCUCCCUCCCACAGACCUCCCUCCCCUCCCACCCCAAACCUACUCAGCAGACCUCCCUUAGAAAAAUGUUUUGUUCCUUUUCUACCACGCCCCUAUUUCCGCCUUCUUUCCCAGGCUUUGGAAGGACACUGACCUUGAGGGCUUGGCUAAGAUUAGCUAUAUGUAGCGUAACUGCC